CACUACCAAACGAAUCGGACGUACCGCGGAUCGUGACCCGUUGCGCGCGUUUUAAGUGUGUGUGGUUAUUUUUUUGUUGUUGUUUUACGUGCAAUUUGACGCGCGCGCAUAUUUGUAAAAUUGUUUGUUGUUGAACAAAUAUGCAAUAAACAAAAGUGAGUUAAACUGAGACGCUUGUGCCAAUAUGUCCCAACUAAAUUUAUAUGCUCAUUAACUUACGCCCAAAAUUCCAUAAUAUACACUUGUGUAGAUGUAAGCCGCCUUUUGAAUUGAGCCAGUGUCUAAGUUAAUUAGCGUGCGCUGUUGCCACUCAGAUACUGUAUACCAGGAUACAGAUACACAUGCCAAUGCUGCUGCAGCAGCAGGGUGUGUUCCUGCCAGUGCCUGUUUGCCUGAGUGUGUGUGUGUGUGUAUGUGCGACUGUGUGCCUGUGUGGGUUGUGAACCUGUGCUAAAAAUCAAUAAAGCACGCUCGUGCAAAAGUCAAACAACAAAGAAACGGUGCCUGUUCUGCUCCUGUUUCCCUUCCACAUGCACAAGUACACAUAGGCACAUGUGCGUGUGAACUUUCUGGUUCAGUUAUUUAUUUUUUGUUUUGUUUUGUUUUGUUGUUUUUUUUUUUCCUGCUUGCUUGUGCCUGUGUUGCCAAGAAGGACGCCAGCUGAGAGGAAAAAAAGAAAAGAGGAGCAGCUAGAAAACUUGCCAAUUAUGCGCGUCGCUUUGUGCAAUUGAAAUUGCAGUUGUGAAAACGGAAGCCGGAAGCCCAAUUUGCAGCAUCUAAAAAAAGCAAAGGCAGCACAACAUCUAUAGUUCCGGCCGGUGGCAACGCAGGAGCGAAUCUCGCCGCACAGUCGGCCCGAGAUCAGAACAUCACGUGCCGCAUUAUGACUUUCUACUGGUGGUCGCAUUGGUUCUGGAUAACCUCUCUAAGUGUGCUGCUGGUGCCCAUCACGCAUGUGCACACAUAUCCCAGCCAUGAGAUUAGCCCAGAAUCAACGACACAGCAGGAGGAGCGUCUAGUGGAACAGACGGAAUCAGGGGGCCAUGAGACUAACGGCCGUCGACAAACAACGAAGCUGUAUCAGACUACGUCCAGCCAAACAUGGGCGACGGUCACGCAGCGGAAUAUCAUGGACUUGACCAUUAAGACAACGGCAGAGUCAAGAACAACAGCCGCGUAUACAGAUGCUAUCCAGCAGGAGAGUGUUGACGAUGAGGUCGAAGCUCCUUUCUCUGAUGCCAUCGAUGAUGAUGAUGAUGAUGUAGCUGUCGAUGACGCCGACGGCAACGAGAAUGAAGACAUUGAUGAUGACAAUGAGCAUGACGAGGCAACUAUAAAGCUAACACUCUCUCACAAUCAGUUCGAGUUUAAGCGCUCGGCGGACUUUGCGGGAGCUGCCAUUGUACCGUCCGAGCAGCUGAACAACUAUACGAAUUUUAGUCGUAGCACAAGUACAAAUACCAACAACAACAACAACAACAACAGCAGCAGCAGCGGAUGCAAUUCCACGUGCCUGGCAGCUGCCGCCAAGACCAGUAGCCAGGCAGUGAACACUACAACAGCAACUCCCGCAACAACAACAACAAUUACAACGACAUCAACAACAACAACAACAACAACAACAAUGAGUCCGCCAACGAACAGCACAGGUGCAGAAGUACCCGCCACGCCUUCAACGCCAAAAAUCAACACCGAAUGGCUGUCCGAUGAGCUGCAGCGAGUGCCCUUUACCUUGGAAAAUGCGAACAAGGAGGAUGAAUUGCGUCGUGCGGAAAGCGAACAUCGUUCACGCAAAUCGAAAGUGCUAUCCGCUGAAUAUAAGCACAUUAAUCGCUAUAUCAAUUUCUCCAGCGACACCAAGAGCCUGCUCACACGCUCCGCAUCGGCAGCACCCAGUGUUUCGGGCUACGAAGCCGAUGAGAGCAACAUUUCCUCCGAGGCGCUGGCCAUUCAACGCACCUAUUUUCUGGAUGCCGGCGCCAUCUCAGCCAUAUGCUUUACGGUCUUUGGUAUAUGCUGUACUGUGGGCACCAUUGGCAUUGUGCUGUAUCGACGGCGGUAUCUGAAUAAGCCGCAGGCGCUAAGCGAGCCCGACUCGAGCGUUUACAUUGACGAUAGCACGAUGCGUGAUAACUCGGAUGAGAUGUAUAGCCUGGACAAUGACUCGUUUCUCAACUCACUGGAAGCGAUGACAAUACAGAACUAUUGGACGGACACUGUCAAACAUACAAAGCUUUAAUUUCUGACGUCUGUUGCGGAUGCAUUCCAACUAACCCCCUGUUAUUUAACCAUAUGUUCAGUAUUCCUUCCAUAUACUAUAUUGACUAGCACACCCCCUCCCACAACAACUAACAUUUUGCCCAGCCCAACAGACAACACACACAGAAACAACAAACAAACACAUCAUAAUUAUUAAGUAGGCGCCAGAGUGCGCAGUUUAGCAUUUAAGUGGGGGGCCCCUCAGUGGGGCCAGUUGUAUGUAUUUACUAAUUGAUAGGCAUUCGUGCAGCUCAAAGGGCUUGUAUGCAACCAAGCGAGCAACUAGUUUAAGCCAACUACCAAAAUUAUGUUUAGUCUAUUUUAAGGUCGCAAAUUUAUUUGCUAGAUUUAAAUGUUCAGCAUGUUUCAGUUCUACAAAACUUCUUCAACAGAACUACAUACGUACAUAUAUAGGUGUAUCCGAAUUGAUGUGUGCAGCUUUUCAUAUAUUCCAUUCUCUUGAACUCAGUUUUAUUUGAAUUUCUCUAUGUGACUCGUUUUUGUAGCAACUUAACUUAUAUUUAUGUUUUACUAUUUAUGCAAUUAUAUAUUUAAUGUUGUUGAGUAUUUUUUCAGAUAAUUUCGUUUCGUUCGUUCGUUUUUUCGUGAUUAAUAUUUAAUAUUUAUACAAUGAUUAGAUUUGUGUCUGUCCAACAAUUAAACGCAAUCAUUCCUUCCAGUUUAGCAUAUAGUGCAACUUUAUAUGAAAUUAUUGUAUUACAAAAUAAAUUAAACAAUACCACUAAAGAUUCUAACACAAUA